AUGUCUUAUAUGCUUUCACAUUUGACUAAUGGCUGGCAAGUAGACCAGGCCAUUCUUUCAGAAGAGGAUCGCGUUGUCAUAAUCCGCUUUGGUCAUGAUUGGGAUCCAACGUGUAUGGUCAUGGACGAAACUUUAUAUCAAAUCGCCGAAAAGGUCAAAAACUUCGCAGUUAUCUACCUCGUUGAUAUAACUCAGGUCCCUGAUUUUAACAAAAUGUAUGAAUUGUAUGAUCCCUGUACAGUUAUGUUCUUCUACCGGAACAAACACAUAAUGAUCGAUCUCGGAACUGGAAACAACAACAAAAUUAAUUGGUCGAUAGAAGAUAAACAGGAAUUCAUCGACAUUGUUGAAACCGUCUAUCGGGGUGCGCGUAAGGGGCGAGGCCUCGUUGUUUCUCCCAAGGAUUAUUCUACCAAGUAUCGUUACUGA